CUUAACCAGAUGUCAGAUCCAUUUAUUGAGUCAUUUAUGUAUAGGUUGAAGUGCCUUUUUCUUACUAACCUUCUUCUCUCUCCUACCACCCUCCAAUUUUGACCACUUGUCACACUUUGCAGCAUUCCACUUAUGUCUCAUCAUCACUAUUUUAGUUUCUAUAAAAUAUAAUUUUGUUGUCUAUAUAAGUACUUAAAAGUUGCUUUUCAUCUUAUACUGUUGUUUCUUUUGAGUCUUUAUUUUAGAGGAAAAAUGAGUUAUUUGGGUGUUGGUGUUAGUCCUGGGAAUGUUCCAGUAUAUCACAGCUCAAACAUGAAAGUUUUGGAUAGGAGGAUUAGGAUAACUGAGUUGGUUUUGAGGUGUGUCAUCCUUUGUUUAGCUCUUCUUGCAGUUUUUCUUGUGGUCACUGAUUCACAAGUUAGAGUUUUUUUCACCAUUGAGAAGAAAGCUAAAUUCACUGACAUGAAGGCUUUAGUGUUUUUGGUAGUUGCAAAUGGGUUAGCUGCUGGCUAUUCCUUAAUUCAAGGGGUACGUUGUGUAGUGAGUAUGAUUAAUGGAAGUGUACUCUUCAGCAAGCCUUUAGCUUGGGCCAUUUUCUCUGGUGAUCAGGUAAUGGCAUAUAUAACAGUGUCUGCAGUGGCAGCUGCAGCACAAUCUGCUGUGUUUGCAAAGCUAGGCCAGCCAGAGUUACAAUGGAUAAAGAUAUGCGACAUGUAUGGAAAAUUCUGCAACCAAGUUGGGGAAGGUUUAGCUAGUGCUAUUGUGGUUAGCCUUAGUAUGGUGUUACUUUCAUGUAUUUCUGCUUUCAGUCUUUUCCGUUUGUAUGGUGGUAGCAAAAUUAAAAAUGCAUAUUGGUAGGUUAGAAUGAGUUAUGUAUAUGUAGUAGUAGUAAUAGUGUAAGUGAAUGAUGAGUGUGAUAUGAAUAUGACUAUGAGAAUGCAGUUACUGUAAUGAUCUAAUAAAAUGCUUGUUCAUUGAUGUCAGUAAAGUUGAAAGCUCUUUGAUAUA